AAAGGCUCCUUUUCUGACUAGGAAAGGUCAGGGGCCAGGAGACAGGAUGCAAAGGAUGGUGCUGGGGAGUUGGGGAUCUUCUUGGGAUUUCUAGGACCCAAGCAACUGGGUGUGAGGCUGAACUGAGGGUGUGAGGAAAGAGGAGAAAGAAGGUUUCUUUGUUCUGAGUGGUGGAGAGAGGUGGCUGGCUUUGUGUAUAGGGACUUGAGCGCAGCUAGGGGGAGGGCUAGGAAAGCUGGGGAGGGGACUAAGAGGCCGGAAGUCCUGGAGGGAAGACUAAGGAAAUUGGGGUUCCCUAGGGGAGGCUGACACUCUAGGAGCUAGGAAAACACUGAACAAUCUAGAGUUUCAGAGCCGGGGAAAGGAAGGAAAACAGGCUAGAAAAUCAAUUUAUGGGGAAAGAAGCAUUAAGGUGUCUUAGGAGGAAUCUUUAUGGGUUGAGGGAAUUUAAAAUGAAAAGCUCAGGGCCCAGCUUACAUGGCUUUUUAAGAAACAUAACUAGGAUUGAUGUUAAAAGAAGCCGAGGGCCUGACUAGAGCCUCUAAGCAGAGUGUGUAUGUGUAUGUGUUUAUAUACCUGUGUGUAUCUCAUUUUCUUUGUCAUUUCUUGAUUUUGUGGGUCCAGUACCCAGAUUGAAGGCUUUCUGUAAGGGAGGAGGAAGGUAAGGUGGAAACUCUGGAGUUUUAAGUAGAGAAGACAGUUUGUGAAUACAUACAGCCUCAAUUUCAGUCCUUAGACCACAAUAUUUCCCACAAGUUAAAGUAAAUGGAAUUGUUGGGACUCUGCAGGGACAGAAAUAUGGAGAAAAGUAGUCCAUUUCUUCUAUCACUUUGUGUGAGCUGGCUUUUGUUUUCCAGCCUUGCUGAGUUUAUUGAAGAAUGGGGGGACAAGAGCAUAGUCCACAGACAGCAGCUGCCCCUCCUUACAACCCAGCGGGCCUGCCCUGUGCCAGGAGGGCAGAGAACACUGGCACAGCUAUUGUUCAUCUGCACAAACGCCUGUCUGUUUGUGUUAUUCCUCUCUCACCCCCUGCUCAGCCUUCUCUCCUGGCCUGACAGGUGCAGCUGGCUUGAGGAAUGACUAGGGGCCAGAAUGUCUGGCUCUUAAGGCAGUGUUUCCAUGAUUGUUGUACCUGUCUCUAUCCCAGUUUUCUCUGUUCUCUUUCCCCAUUCCCUAACUCACUUUGCCCAAGUGCUUCAAAGUCCCCUCUCCUUCUUUGUCUCUCUGCUCCACUGACUUCUGCUUCAUUCAUUUAUCCACCAAAUGUUUAUGGAAAGCUUGUUUUGAGGCCAGUAUUUUCUCUAGGAUUUUUCUGUUCCUCUGAAAUAAUUGUUCUAUUUUUCUUCCCUCCUCCAACGAACUCCUGUAGUGAAGAGAUCAGAUUUCAAGAAUGUUGUAAGAAGUUCAGGCCUUGCUGGGAACAUCUCAUGCCUUCCCUUGAGGUCCUUUCAGGUAGAGAUCCCUUGCUUUCCCAGAUGACCUCAAUCUUACAGCCAUCAGGCCAAGACACAGGUGAUUCCAGACCCUAGUGGAGUCGCCCUGCAGGAGCCAGGGUGCCCGAGUCCUUUUUUAUAAACCAGGAUCUCUCCUGAAGACACUGAGGCUAUUGUUUGUAGUGAGGGGGCAGCAAGAGAGAUGGAAAUUAGAUAGUUGAGAUGGCCUCAAUUUGAAGAAUGAGAGGUUGAGUACGACGGCUUUUACCAUCUCUCAUUUCUACAUCCUGGGCAAGGCUCCACAGGCCCCCCAGACCUCCCAGCUGUUUGCUGGUAGAGAGCAGGAAGCCAGGGUUUGCAUUGCUUUUCCCUUCGUUCCCUUCGUCAUCCUUUUCCUCAUCUACCCUUUUAAGAGAUAGCAUGAAGGGAGAAUGGCAAGAGAUAAUAGAAAACAUCUUGGCCAUAACUCACACUUUCCUCUCCCUUCCAUUCCAAUCUCUAGAAGGAACCUUUGGGUGAAAAGCAGUAAGAAACAGACAAGUCCAGGAGCAAGGAAGAAGGAAAGGACCUUUGAGUGGGAGAUAAAGGGAAGGGAGGCAAAGAAGGAAUAUUACCUUGGGCUCUAAGACCCAGAAAGAAGAUUGUCUAUGUGAAGGUUCUUAAUCUGGAUUAAUUAAUUAUUUUUUAAAAAAGAGAAUUGCUUCAAUUGGUUUAUUUUGUAAUCCAUGAUUUAUGAAUUUCUAAGCAUUAUUCUAAACUCAGGUCUGGUAGGCUUCUCCAGUCUGCCAGGAAGGGAAUAUAUGUCCAUGACAUAAAAAAGGUUAAUGGGCCUUAGUACAAGGGAUCCAUUCUGAUCCAUUAGCGACUCAAAUCCCAACUCUUUUAAAGACAAGUUUAUCCACCUCUCCAGCUCAGUGAAUUUACAGAUUUGUAAAAUGAGAGAGUAGCAAGAGUUCUUGGGCUUCACAUUCUCAGCCCAAUAAAUAGCAACUUUGGGAGAAGGGAGAACCAAAUAACAAAGUUGGAAGAGGUCCCAAAUAUUAGCCUCUUAGGGAAAUUUCCUGAAUUCUAGUCUCAGCCUUGUGGUUGCUUCUCUAGACUCUUCAAGUUCAAGAGUUCUGGAAUCUAGUUUUCAAAAGAAAGGCGAAUUCUUGGCUAGCACUGACCCGUUAGAGAAGAGGAUUGAGAGCAUGGUUUUUGAAACUGGAGGAACAGCCAGAAAGUUUAAAGGAUAACAUGGAGCAACAAAAGACCUGGGAUUUGUUUUUUGCUAAUUGGCCAUCGGGCUCAGCUGAAAGGGAGCUUGAUUCUAACAGCCAAAUGCAGUUGACUUUCAGGGAGCAGUUCAUGGUCUUGGGUGGUAAGUGGGACUCAUAUUGUUAAGAGCUCUCCUUCCUAGCAAACCCAAAUUGGUUUCUUUUCAAGGGGAAUCAUGGGGCACAAGAUAUUGGGUAGGCAUCUGUAUAGGUUCUGAAAGAUGGACCUCACUAGAGAGAAUUAUUACUCUAAGUAAGUCGUUUGUAUCAUUUUAAUGCAUUUUUUUUGUGGAGUGAGAUAAAAGCUGCCCCAUGCAAGGAAAAACAACAACCACUAAAUACAAUGUACGAGUGGAAUUUAGAUGGCUUAUAAAUCUCUUUCGGUUUUAACUUUAUGAUCCUGUGGUCUUGAAGGGGGGGCUGGCAUUACAGCAACAAAAAUGAAGGGCACCUUGGGGAGUGAAACCAGAAAUGAGGGGGAGAGACCUUGAUGUAUUUUUAACUCCACAGGGAACAAACUAGUUUGAAAGAACUGAAAGUUGAAUUUAAAAAGAUGGAAAUUAGCAUAAAAGGUUUUCUAAUGAUUGGAACUGGGGGACUCUGCCUUAAAGAAUAGACCUCCUUUCCCUGGGGAUCUUAGAGGAGAGGGAAGUGAAUUGAAGGAGGUCCUAUCUUACUGAGGGAGUGAUAAUACCGGAAGGGAUUUGUAGCUCCUCCAGUAGUCUGGUUCAUCCCUUCCAACCCAGAAUGCUCGGGCGGGUACAAACUACCCCCCCCCAACAAUAGCACUAGUCAGUGCCAGGGACCAGCUCCCUUCUUGGCAGCACCCAAGCCACUAUGUGCUGUUGCUGCUGCCCACUAUUUACCGAGCCAGAAAGGGGGUCACUUCAGGAGAGGAACCGGGAAAAAGAGAAGAUGAAAGAAGCCAAGGAUGCCCGCUAUACCAAUGGGCACCUUUUCACCACCAUCUCUGUAUCGGGCAUGACGAUGUGCUAUGCUUGUAACAAAAGCAUCACGGCCAAGGAAGCCCUUAUCUGCCCAACUUGUAACGUGACUAUCCAUAACCGCUGUAAAGAUGCUCUUGCCAACUGCACCAAGGUCAAGCAGAAGCAACAGAAAGCUGCCCUGCUCAAGAACAGCACUGCUUUGCAGUCCGUCUCCCUGAGGAGCAAGACCACCAUCCGGGAGCGCCCCAGCUCAGCCAUCUACCCCUCAGACAGCUUCCGCCAGUCUCUCCUUGGCUCUCGGCGAGGCCGGUCCUCCCUCUCCCUGUCUAAGAGCGUCUCCACCACCAACAUUGCUGGGCACUUCAAUGAUGAGUCCCCCUUGGGCCUUCGAAGGAUCCUCUCUCAGUCUACAGACUCGCUCAACAUGCGAAACCGCACACUGUCUGUGGAGUCUCUCAUUGAUGAGGGUGCUGAGGUGAUUUACAAUGAACUGAUGAGUGAUUUUGAGACAGAUGAGAAGGACUUUGCAGCGGAUUCCUGGAGUCUGGCAGUAGACAGUAGCUUCCUACAGCAGCACAAAAAAGAGGUGAUGAAGCGUCAGGAUGUCAUCUAUGAGCUCAUCCAGACCGAGCUGCACCACGUGAGGACGCUGAAGAUCAUGACCCGCCUCUUCCGAACGGGGCUGUUGGAGGAGCUGCAGCUGGAUCCAGCCCUGGUGCAGGGCCUUUUCCCUUGUGUGGACGAGCUCAGCGACAUCCACACCCGCUUCCUCAGCCAACUGCUGGAGCGCCGACGCCAGGCCCUUUGCCCGGGCAGUACCCGCAACUUUGUCAUCCACCGGCUUGGGGAUCUGCUUAUUGGCCAGUUCUCAGGCUCCAGUGCAGAGCAGAUGCGGAAGGCCUAUUCUGAGUUCUGUAGCCGUCACACCAAGGCACUGAAACUCUACAAGGAACUGUAUGCUCGGGAUAAGCGCUUCCAACAGUUCAUCAGAAAGGUGACCCGCUCUACAGUGCUCCGGCGACAUGGGGUGCAGGAGUGUAUCUUGCUAGUAACCCAGCGUAUCACCAAGUACCCCGUACUCAUCGACCGGAUUCUGCUGCAUUCCCGUGGCAAUGAAGAGGAGCAUCGGGACCUGACAACAGCCUUAGGUCUGGUGAAAGAGCUGCUGUCAGCAGUAGACCAGGAGGUACAUGAGCUGGAGAAGGGAGCUCGCUUGCAGGAGAUCUAUGGGCGCACAGACCCCCGUGCCCAGGCCCCAGUGCCUGGCAAGGGUCCCUUUGGCCGAGAAGAGCUUCUGCGUCGAAAACUGCUCCACGAUGGUUGCCUGCUCUGGAAGACAGCCACAGGACGUUUCAAAGAUGUGCUGAUGCUGUUGAUGACAGAUGUGCUAGUGUUUCUUCAGGAGAAGGACCAGAAAUACAUCUUUCCUGCCUUGGACAAGCCAGCAAUAAUCUCACUGCAGAACCUCAUUGUUCGGGACAUUGCCAACCAGGAAAAGGGGAUGUUUCUGAUCAGUGCUGCUCCCCCUGAAAUGUAUGAGGUCCACACAGCCUCCAGAGAGGACCGGAACACUUGGAUCCGUGUCAUCCAGCAGAGUGUGCGUGUGUGUCCAUCCAGAGAGGACUUCCCCUUGAUUGAAACAGAAGAUGAGGCCUAUCUUCGCAGGAUCAAAACGGAGCUGCAGCAGAAGGACAGGGCACUGGUGGAGCUGCUGCAAGAGAAGGUGGGACUCUUUGCUGAGAUGACCCAGUUCCAGGCAGAAGAAGAUGGAGGGGGUGGCGGGCCGCUGCCCACCUUGCCUCGUGGCCUCUUCCGCUCUGAAUCCCUAGAAUCCCCUCGUGGGGAGAGGUUGUUGCAGGAUGCUAUCCGGGAAGUGGAAAAUCUGAAGGACCUGUUAGUUGGGCCUGGGCUAGAUCUGCCUCUGCCCCCACGGGAGUCGACUUUGUCCCUGGAGCCCGACAGUGGUGGCAACACCAGCCCUGGGGUGACUACGAAUGGUGAAACAAGAACGUUCAAUGGGUCCAUUGAGUUCAGCAGAGCUGACUCAGACUCCAGUCAGAGGGAUCGAAAUGGGAACCAGUUGAGAUCUCCUCAGGAGGAGGCCCUGCAGCGACUAGUCAACUUGUAUGGACUUCUCCAUGGCCUUCAGGCAGCGGUGGCUCAGCAGGACACCUUGAUGGAAGCCAGGUUGUCGGAGGGCCCUGAGCGACGGGAGAAGCUGGUGUUGUCCCGGGCCAACUCCCGAGAUGGGGAGGCGAGCAGGCCCGGAGGCGCCCCCGUGGCCCCCGAGAAGCAGGCCACAGAGUUGGCCCUGCUGCAGCGGCAGCAUGCCCUGCUGCAAGAGGAGCUCCGCCGCUGCCGGCGUCAGGGGGAGGAGCGGGCUGCCGAGGCAGGCGGCCUGGAGGCUCGGCUUCGGGAGAGCGAGCAGGCCCGGGCCCGGCUGGAGCGGGAGGCUGAAGAGGCCAGGAGGCAGCUGGCGGCCCUGGGCCAGACAGAGCCUCUCCCAGCCGAGGCUCCCUGGGCCCGCCGGCCUCUGGACCCCCGGCGCCGCAGCCUCCCUGCAGGGGACGCCCUCUACUUGAGCUUCACCCCCCCUUCCCAGGCCGUGCCUCAGAUAUGCCGAGGCCACGACCGCCUAGAUCUGCCCUUAUCCACUCGCUCCAUUCACCGUACCUUUGAGGACAGAGAAGGGCCCGAGCUAGGCAGUCCUGAGGAGCGGCUUCAAGACAGCAGCGAUCCCGACACCGGGAGCGAGGAGGAGGGCUGUAGUCGCUUGACUCCGCCACAUAGCCCCCGAGAUUUCCCCCGAAUGCAGGACAUUCCAGAGGAGAGUGAGAGUCGAGAUGGAGAACCUAUUGCCUCAGAAAGUUAAAGGGGUUCUUCCCCCCCUUCCUGAUCCCUUCCAGGGCUAUCAUUGGGGGAUGGAAGAGCUGGGGGAGUAACCUUUGGAUGUCCAAGUUACAUAGGUGAGGGGACACUUAAUAGAACUGCUGACUCUUGUGUGUCCCCCACAUGCCCCCACCCCUGGAUCUCCUAACUCAGGGAGAGCAGGGUUGCUUGAGGGGGUCACAAAGCUGUGGGAUUUGCCUUCUGGUAGCAUCCACAAGCAGCACCACAGAUGCCAAUUUUUCAGACCCCACCCCCACCUCCUCAUGUGGAAAGAUUUAUUUAUUUAUUGUUUAUUAGGUGGGUGGGAGGGAGGGACUUAAAGGACCAGGGACAAGGGAACCAAGCCAUAAAGGGACAGAAAACCUGGCCCUUUAACACUACUGGGGGAGGGGGGAGGGAAGACCAAACAGGGGUUAACCCUUCAGUUACUGGCCUGUAGCCCAGCAACCCUUACCCUCAUACUUAAGUGGGGGCCAAACUUACCAGAGCCCUUUAAAAAGGGAUAUGGAUAGGGCAGUGUCCCUCCCACUACAGACCUCCUAAUGCUGCUCAUUCCAACCUCCAUUGUAGCUCUUGGGAGUCCAGGGUGUCUGGAGUGGAGAUUGGGGUGGGACCAGUGGUGAUGGUGGGAGAUCCAUUGGGACCACAAUGUUUUGGUGUUCUUUUUGUUUCAUUUUGUUUUUUGUACCAAAGCUGACUGCACGUGUUUUAUAUUUUUAAAAGAAGAUUGUAGGCAAUUAGAGAUGCGGACUCCAACUACCCCAUGUCUCAGAAGAAACUUGGGGAGUGCGGUUGGGCAUCAGUACUUGCUCACCAUAAUAUGACUGGUGGGGAGCCUUUCCUGGCUCCUAUCCCUAGUCUAUCUCCACUCAGCCAAUUGGGAAUGCAUCAAAGAGGUGUAGGAAAUAUCUGGGGGCCUCAGAGUCUGGUUUGAAAACCAAUCUUGAAUUUUGGUUCCAGGGGGGUAUUAGCAAAUGUCAAAUACCCUCCCCACUGGGCCCCAGCACUUUUCUGAUGAUUUGAUUGUAAAAAGACCAAGCACACAGAAUUAAAGAUAUGGAAUCCCAUGGACUUGAUUUUUGUUGGAUGUAGGAAAAUGAGAAUUAAAGCGAUAUCUGGACCAGGAAAUAA